GUGUCAUUUCAUCAUUUUAAAAGGUUAUUCGAAGUUAUUUAUCAGUAAGCUGAUAACGUUUGGAUACACAUGGAUUCAUACACAACAGAAAAGACAAUCACGUUGGAAGUCUGUGGUGUUGAUUUGUCUCGGAAAUCAGAAAUAAAGCAUCACCCGAUAAGGCAUACAGUAGAGGAGACUUACACAUGUGGGAUUUGUAAUGCUGUUUUUUCACAAAAAAGUAAUUUACUUACCCAUAUGGUAACACACACAAUACAGAAGCCCUACAAGUGCGAGAUAUGUGAUGCUACUUUUGCACAGAAGGGGAAUUUAAAAGCACAUAAAAGAAUCCACACAGGAGAGAAGCCAUACAAAUGUGAGAUUUGUGAUGCUGCUUUCACCCAGAAGAUUGGGUUACAGUCACAUGUAAGAAAGCACACAGGCGAGAAGCCAUACAAGUGUGAGUUAUGUGAUGCUGCUUUUUCCCAGAACAGUGGGCUACAGGUACACAUAAGAAAACACAUAGGAGAGAAGCCAUUCAAGUGUGAGUUAUGUGAUGCUGCCUUUUUCCAGAAGAGUAGGUUACAGGUACAUAUAAGAAAACACAUAGGAGAGAAGCCAUACAAGUGUGAGACAUGUGAUGCUGCUUUCUUGCAGAAGACUGGGUUACAGGUACAUAUAAGAAAACACAUAGGAGAGAAGCCAUAUAAGUGUGAGGUAUGUGAUGCUGCUUUCACCCAGAAGAGUGGGUUACAGGUACAUAUAAGAAAACACAUAGGAGAGAAGCCAUAUAAGUGUGAGUUAUGUGAUGUUGCUUUCUCCCAGAAAAAUGGGUUACAGGUACAUAUAAGAAAACACAUAGGAGAGAAGCCAUAUAAGUGUGGGAUAUGUGAUGCUGCUUUCACCCAGAAGAGUGGGUUACAGUCACAUGUAAGAAAGCACACAGGCGAGAAGCCAUACAAGUGUGAGAUAUGUGAUGCUGCUUUCUCCCAGAAAAAUGGGUUACAUUCACAUUUAAGAAUACACACUGGAGAGAAGCCAUACAAGUGUGAGUUAUGUGAUGCUGCUUUCACCCAGAAGAAUGGGUUACAGUCACAUGUAAGAAAGCACACAAAACAGAAGCCCUACAAGUGCGAGAUAUGUGAUGCUACUUUUGCACGGAAGGGGAAUUUAAAAGCACAUAAUAGAAUCCACACAGGAGAAAAGCCAUACAAAUGUGAGUUUUGUGAUGCUGCUUUCACCCAGAAGAGUGGGUUACAAGUACAUAUAAGAAAACACAUAGGAAAGAAGCCAUAUAAAUGUGAGUUAUGUGAUGCUGCUUUCUCCCAGAAAAAUGGGUUACAGGUACAUAUAAGAAAACACAUAGGAGAGAAGCCAUAUAAGUGUGGGAUAUGUGAAACUGCUUUCACCCAGAAGAGUGGGUUACAGUCACAUGUAAGAAAGCACACAGGCGAGAAGCCAUACAAGUGUGAGAUAUGUGAUGCUGCUUUCUCCCAGAAAAAUGGGUUACAUUCACAUUUAAGAAUACACACUGGAGAGAAGCCAUACAAAUGUGUGUUUUGUGAUGCUGCUUUCACCCAGAAGAGUGGGUUACAUUCAAAUUUAAAAAUACACACUGGAGAGAAGCCACACAAGUGUGAGUUAUGUGAUGCUGCUUUCACCAAGAAGGAUGGGUUGCAGUCACAUGUAAGAAAGCACACAGGCGAGAAGCCAUACAAGUGUGAGAUAUGUGAUGCUGCUUUCUCCCAGAAAAAUGUGUUACAUUCACAUUUAAGAAUACACACUGGAGAGAAGCCAUACAAAUGUGAGUUUUGUGAUGCUGCUUUCACCCAGAAGAGUGGGUUACAGUCACAUGUAAGAAUACACACUGGAGAGAAGCCAUACAAGUGUGAGUUAUGUGAUGCUGCUUUCACCAAGAAGAGUGGGUUACAGUCACAUGUAAGAAAGCACACAGGCGGGAAGCCAUACAAGUGUGAGUUAUGUGAUGCUGCCUUUUCAAAGAACAGUGGUAUACAGGUACAUAAAAGAAAACACAUAGGAGAGAAUCCAUAUAAGUGUGGGAUAUGUGAUGCUGACUUUUCUCGGAAAAAUCAGUUACAAACACAUAUGAUAUUCCACACAAGAAGUCAUACAAGUACAAACAAAUGCGAUACCGAUUAUUUGAUGCUAAGCAUGUAAGGUAUUAAGGACUAAAUGUUCUCUGAAAUGCUAAUGCAUACAUGUCCGAAGAAAAUUUGGAUAUACAUGUCUUGCUGAUACCAAUCAUGCAACUGAUGAAAAUUACACACGAUAAUGCAUACAGUUGGGAAGCCAUGCAUGUUUGAAUCUGUGAUGCUUGUUCCUCUUAAUAAGGUAUUUUACAGAAACAUAUACAUUUAAGAAGCCUCAUACAUGUGUGACCUAUGUGAUGUUGCUUCCUUAGAAAAGUUUGUUUACGGAAACAUUAAGAAAACACACAGUAGAUAUUAUAUUUCAGUGUAAAAGAUGUUGUGAUGAUUGUUUCUAAGUAAACUACCACGUCAAAGGUCUCUCUGAAACGCCAACAUAUUUAUGUAUAUAUAUAUAUAUAUAAGAGACACAUGUGAAGCUGCAAUUCACUGAAUCCUACCCAGGGCAUAUGUGCAGAAGAUCGGAUAUAUUUGUGUGAUUCAUAAUAUUGUUAUUCAGGUUUAUUCCUAACUGUAACGGUGGAGCUUUUAUAUGUUUCAUCGUUUCUUACUUCCAUAUAUAUGCGUCUUAAAAUACUUAGAUAUACAUGUAUAACAAUGUUUUGCAGUUUUAAUUAACCCAAGCAUUACAUGCUUUACCAUUGCUAAAUAUUUACAU